AUGGCGCAAUCCAUCAACAAGGCUCUGGCCUCCACGAUGGGGGUCAUGUCAUCCUCUAUCACACAAUCUAUAACCAGAGCACUGAUGCAGUCUCAGAGUAGUGGCCCUCAGAGCACACAAAACCUGGGAACCACUAAUGUGGCACAACCAGGACGCAAAGCUUUGGCAAAAAGCAAACAUAUUGCCUCCCCUCCAGAACUGCAGGUUCAGCCUGCACUGACUGACACACCUCAGGCUGUCAAUGAUGGUGCGAUACCACCGCGCAAUAGAGCCCCUGGCCAGGCAAAAUCGGCAGAUCCUGGAAGCAGGCACGUGCCCACGAGGACUCGUCCAAUUCGGACCGGAGUUUGGAGGAGGAGCAUAAUGAUUUAUAUAUGGAUCAUUAUGGUGCGGAAUAUUCCGAUUCUGGGUCUGAAGUGA